GCUCGGCUCCUCCACCACUUCAGAAAACUUCGCUUCUUUCCGCUUUGUGGAAACAGCGUCUCCUUUUCUUUCCUCCACCCGGUGUUAGAGGAGCUACAGACGGACAAACUAUGUGAAGCACAGCCGGGCAGCGAGUGAGAGGAAGAGGAAGAGGACAGUAGCAGCAGAGGAAGAGGAAGAGGGAGAAGAAGAUGUACAUACGGCGCGUGUCCAUCGCGGUAACGCUCGGCCUGCUGUGGUACUUCUCAGACUGUGGCCGCUCUCUCACCCACUAUGUCCUGUGUUUCCUCUUCUGCCUCUCCUCGCCGUGGCUGCUGGGGAGCAGUGGGCGAGAGAGCAGCACCCAAACUGAUGAAGACCCCGAGCACAGCCACUUCCAGGAAGGAGUUGAUGAAGACUUGUUCGGUGAAAGCAGCGAGCAGACCGAGCUGCUGGAGUCUCAGUAUUCACACGUGAAGAGGUCUUUAAGACAAGUGUUUGAGUGUGUCUAUGCUCGGCUGGUCUUGCCCUGGUACGUCGUUCCUGAGCCUCGUGAGCACCAGCCUCUGCACCAGGUGCUCAGCAGGGAAUUCGACUGUGUAAUUGACCGCAUCAUUGAGAGAGCAAAGGACUUUGAUAUCGGCCAGGCGGUGGUGGGAUCGGUUCGUAUUCUGACCCAGCACUUGCACAAUGCGAAGCAGUCUGACAGGGUGCUUCUGUUCAGCUCCGCAGCAGAUGAGGUCGCAGUUCUUCGAGAGCUUUCCGAUGCUCUUGUACGCAACCUUUUCUCCAAAUCUUUCUGGGGCCAAGAAGUCAACCGCUGUGCCUUAAAUGAGAUUGUUGCCUUAAAGGGGUUGGGUCUGUUGGUGACAUGGCUGUCUGACCCCGACAACCUGAACCAGCUGGUGCUCAGCCAACUCAACAGCGCAACCCCCAAAGACUCCAUGGAGGAUCUGUGUGGGUCCGACCCAGAACUAGCCUCUCUGGCUUCGCAGGAGGACAAAGACGGGGGCAAUGUCACAGAAGUGAGCUCGGAGGGAGCGGAGAUUCCAACUGGCACCAGGGUCAAGGGCAAAAGGAAAGGCAACAAGCUGAAGGAAGGAUGGUCAAAAUUUGUGGACAAGAUGAAGUCCAAGAAAGCCAAGAAGAAGAAGAUGAAAAUGAUGGAGCAGGAGCUGAUGAUGAGGAUCAUGGGGAUUCAGGACAACGCGCCCAACGAGGACGAUGCCAGCAGCAGGGAGGGCUCCAUUUACAGCCAGCAGGACUCUGACAGGGAGGACAGCGAUCUGGAGAACUACUUGACAACAGUGCAAGAGGACAUGAUGGAAUUCAAGCUGUCGUAUGAGAUGUGGCGCGUUGGCCGCUGGGCUGUCAGCAUCCCUUGUGUCGACCUGGAGGAUGAGGAGCUGACCUUCACCGUUCACCUGGCGGAGAAUAACAGCCCGGAGAACCUGCAGUGGGACAUCAGGAAGACCUACAUGGAUGUGAUUUAUUUUCGCAACAGAUGGCAGGACUCGACCACCCUGCCCUCAAUCCUGGAACUGGAGGAGUCGGAUGUCAGCGAUGAGGUUAAAGAAGAAGCUCGAGUAUCAGUGGAAUACUUUCUACAGGAGUUGGUCUCGGAUAAUAUGAUCGGUCACACUCAACCAGUUUUUCAGUUCCUCUGCCCGCUUGACAAACUGUUGAAUGAAGAAGAACACUAUGAAGGCGUGUGGGGCCUCCUCAGCGGCUUGGCCUACUUCCUGACUCCAGGUCAAGAGGAGGAAGAGACCUCCAGCCCUCAGACAGAAACCCCUAAAGACAGCAUGAUGUCAGAAUUUUCAGCUUCGCCGUCAGAAAACCCUGGUGCCUCUACACCGAGUCACACCGAUGCUCCCAGUGCUACUCUCCCAACUAUCGUUAUCUCUGACUGGGAACCUCCUGCAGAACCAGGAGAGGAGGCAGAAGCAGAAACACAGACACACUCUGCUGUUAACUCAGACCCUUCAAGUAAUGACAGCGGUUCCCAGGGCAAAACGGAGGACUCUGAUAAUCCCCUCACCUCUCACUUUAAAAACAUCAUCAGAGGACUGAGCCGAUCCAGGUCACAAGAGUCUCUUGCCUGCUCGCCGCAAAGCAGCCAGGACCGAAACUCGCAGGGGGACAGCUCAGAGGGGCCGUCUUGGCUCAAUUUCAGUGCAAGGUCAACUAAAAAAGACAAAACAUGUUUCAAGAUGUCAAAUGGAGUGAGCAAGGCCAAAGGGAAGGAGCAGGGCACGUUGCCAAGAGGGGAGGACUCGGAGGGUCAGAGGAGCCAGGGCAAGUGGGAGCAGCUUGAGGCGACCAAAGCCAUAUUUGAUCUCCUGAAGGAAAUUUCUGGAAACUCCAUCCUCAUUAACAUAUUUGAUACUAUUCUGAAACCUGUCAUGCCCAUCCUGAAAAAGAAAGUUAACUCUUUCCUAGACAAGAUGAACCCAACAGAGGAGCAGAUGGCUGCUUACAUCGACGCUCUGCGAGACAAACAGUGGCCUGACUCUCAACCAACGGCACCUCCCCCCCCCCCUCGCACAGAGGAGGAGAAAACUAAGAGCAGGGAGCAAGCACACGACCUCAUCAAUGCCAAAUAUUCAAACUAUCUCAUUCUGAAUAAAAAGGACAUGGAGUCCGUCUUUAAUAUUUUCCAGGACAGGGAGGAAAACAAAACUCUGGUAUAUAUGCUUCUAUCUUUCUUAUUCAGGGAAUUCUUUCCUGGUGAACAUUCCUUAGCACUGCUCCCUUACUGAAAGUGACCAAUUCUACCAACUGAUCUGUGAAUCUUUAAUAACGUUUUAAUGGUACUUUUAAGGCAUUUUACAAUAGCUUACUAUUUAUUAAAUAUUUCUAAAAUGACAAAAUAUUGGAGACCAAUUUUUCUGAACAUUUACCUCAAACAUACUGUGAAAUUUUUUUUUUUCUUCUUAUUUUGGUACUUAUUCACUUGUCAAUGUGAUGAAUCUCAACUUUGCAUUUUGAACUUUUGGUGUAAAAUUAACUAAAUAAAGAACAUUUCACAUAAAGUUUGAAUUUCACCCCCUCACGUUUUGAUGACAAAGAAUUUGAGUGUUUCUUACAUAUUUUGUCACUUGAGCACAACUGUAUGGUGAGUGUUUGUACACUGUAUGAUUUGACCUAAAGUUCUUUUUAAAAUAGAUAAUCUCAUUAUUACAGUUCACAUAAAUCUGUCAAAACAUUAAUGGUGCCACUAUUAAGUGAAAUAAUGUUUAUGUAUAUAACUUGAUGAAUUGAUUCCAAAUAAAAUAUUUGAAUGAA